AUGUCCAGAGGCGGUCGAGGAGGCGGCCGCGGAGGCGCAAGAGGUCCCGGCCGCCCCAACGUGCCCUGGGACACGGGCGACGAGCCCGAUGCCCGUCCCUCGGAGCUGUUUCCCCCCUACUCAGUCCCAACGCCCCGCGACCUGACCGCCACGGAAAAGAACGGCGUACAGUACUUCCUCCUCCUGCGGCACCAGCUACACUCGUCGCCGCUCUACACCUCGAAGCGCGCCUCGCUCCACGACCCGACCGCCCCCCGCAAGCUGUACGGCCAGGCCCAGACAAAUGCCCAUUACGGCAUCAAGAACAAGGCCUCGGUCGACGCCUUCACCGCCGUUCCCACCUACUCCCAAAAGUUCAUCCGCGAGGACCGCGCCCUGCCCGACUGGUCCUCGCGCCCCAUCUGCCGGGAGCUCUUCCCCGCCGAGCUGCUCGACACAGUCGAGGCCGAGGACGACAUAGGCGUGCGCAAGAAGCGCAGGCUCGAGCUCAGCAAGGUCAGCGCCCUACCCAACGCCGAGGAGGCAUUUGGCAUGCCCUCGCUCGACGGCGACCUGGACGACGCAGGGGCCGCUGCAGCCGGUGGCCGGAGCCUGCUCGACAAGCUUGAGGCCAUGCGUGACGAAGAAGGCGACGAGGGAGCGGACCUAGAUGAGGAGGAGGGCGUUGAAGAAGAAGAGGAGGAUGAGGCGUACGACGACGAGGAUGCCGGCGACUACGAUGCCGAGAACUACUUUGAUAACGGCGACGAGAUGGGUGACGACUACGGGGACGACGAUGGGGGCGAGGGGACAUACUAA